AUUCGAACGACCAUCAAAUUCCACCGCUGGAAAUAGAAGCGUGUUGACUUCUGACCCAAUUUGUAGCAAUCAGAACUCCAUGUAUAAGUGCUGUGAACUAAAGGAACAACCCUUUCUUCUCCGAAACCCAGACCGCGAAAUGACAGUCUCCGACACCCGAGGAGAAUGUGGCGUGAGGCAAAGGGAGGGUAACGCAACUCUGCCAGUUUUUCACAGCCGUAUUGGUAGAGUGAUUGGAAAUUACAGCAGUUUUGGUGAAUUUCCAUGGAUGCUGGCAAUCAUACCAAAGGCAAAUUUGUCUCUCAAGUUUGGAGGAGUGCUGAUAUCGCCUAGUGUUGUGUUGACAGUAGCACAUCGACUAAACAGCCUAACUGCUUCGGACUUAACCGUCAGGGCUGGCGAGUGGGACUUUAAGUCAGAGAUCGAGCCCUACAACCACCAGGAUAGAGGCGUAAAGAAAAUUACUAUCCAUCCCAAAUUUGACAAAAGCGAAUUAUUUUACAACGUGGCUCUGCUGAUGUUGAAUGAGCCCAUGCCCAGCAACCGUCAUAUCGCUUCUGCCUGUUUACCUCAAGCAACUGACAACUUUGAAAACAAACACUGUAUUGUUACCGGCUGGGGACAAGAUGCAGCCACAGCAGCCAAUGCAGACGGACCAUUAUCAGACGUCCUCAAGGCCGUUAACUUGGAAGUGUUACCACAUCAUGAAUGUGAUGCCAAGCUUAAAAGAACUCCGCUGGGCAUGGCCUACCAACUCCAUGGCAGUUUCAUUUGUGCUGGAGGCGAAGAAAAGAAAGACGCAUGUGAAGGAGAUGGUGGUUCUCCUUUGGUUUGCCCAACGAAUGAAUCAGGAUCCCGCUACGCUGUGGUCGGGCUGGUGUCCUGGGGCAUUGGGUGUGGAAUAAAGGACCGCCCUGGAGUUUACACCAAUGUACCAUUUCUGCGAGAUUGGAUAAACGAAGAAUUGAAAAAAUUCUGAUUGUGUCAAGUACUGUAUGCAGCUAUAUGAGCUAAGAACACUGUUUUUAAUAAAUGUUUGAAAAUUCAGACACAACAA